CCAUAAUCUUCCAGGGGACAUGAAAGUAACUAUCAAAUUUCUCACAAAUUCUUCCCCGGACGAACAAUGCAUGGAUUGGCUCUCCUGCCUCUAACUCCUCACACCCUCUGUUUCUUCAACCUCCCUCCUUCUUCUUCUUCUUCUUCUUCUUCUUCUUCUUCGAGAUCUCUGCUUUUUCUGCAAACCCGACUCGAAUUUUCGAAACCCGUAACCAGCUUCUCGAAUUUGAACCAGAAACGGCGGCGUUUUGCUACCGUUUUGAGAGCGAGUCGCAGAGAGUCUCCUUACCAGGUUCUGGGCGUGUCUCCUUCUGCAACUGAUGUCGAGAUCAAAAGGGCUUAUCGCAAACUUGCUCUUAAGUAUCACCCCGAUGUUAACAAAGAGGAAAAUGCGCAGGAGAAAUUUAUGCGGAUUAAGCAUGCCUACAAUACAUUGCUGAGUUCCAAAUCUCGGGGAAAAUACGACUCUAAUUUCGGAUCUGACUAUUCCUAUUCCUCUACUCAAAGAAACCAGAGCAAGAAGUCUCAAGAUGAAGAGGAGUUUUACGGAUUUGGUAAUUUUUUGAGGGAUGUUCAAAUUACAAUAGAGGACUUCUUUAAAGACAUCCAAGAAGAAUUCCAGAACUGGGAAGCGAGUGCUUCGUCACAAGGAAAGCCAAAGAGUCUAUGGGAGGAACUGGGGGAGAUUGGAGAAGAACUUGUGGAGUUUCUUGAGAAAGAACUCAACAUAACGGAUCCAGAAGAUGGAGCAAAUAAAAAUGAUGAAGGCAAUCCUUUCAGAAGCUCCGGGGAACAGAGAACAGGUAAUGUUGGUCAAAACGAAGCUGGUAAGGAGAGCAGCAUAGAGGAUAAUAUUGAUGAGAUAGAAGCUACUCUUGCUCGGUUAAAAAAGGAAUUGGGAUUGUAGCGUAGAAACACGGCAUCACCGCGUCAAUGCUUUGUUGGAAGCAUCGAAGAUGAAGCCUUAAAAUCAUAUUACCGCACUUUAGCGGAAAGCAAAGGUUGAGAGAAGGAAGGGAGAGAUCGAUCGAUGGGGGGUUUGUUGUAUGGUAGAUGGAGACUGGAAGUAUGAAGGCGGAAAAGAAGAUGCGCUUGCUGAAGUACUUCAUUAUUUUUUCGAAGUCAAGUUAUUUCAUCAAAGGGUAUAGUUUAUAUAGUUUAUAUAGAGUACGAGUCGAUGUUUAUAGUCUCUUGGGCUUCUGUUUGGAGCUUGUGCUGAGAUCAUAUCUUGUAAAAGAAUCAACAAAGAUGAAUGAAAUCAAGCGGAGUACAAGUUUCUUGUGCUACAAGCCUGCUCGAGGCGUAUGUGUUCAACGCA